GUAUAAAAGCUGUCUUCUGAUUUCAGUGGGCACAGUUCUAAGAUGACAAGGAUCUUGGUAGUUUGUUUGGCCCUCGUGGUCGUUGUGUGCGUCCAUGCCGCCCCAGGUUAUAAUAAAGGAAACAAUGAUGGAAGUUCACACAGUGGGGGUGGAGGUGGACUAGGUGGAGGUGCUGGCGGUGGUCUUGGUGGUGGAGGUGGAAUCGGUGGUGGCGGUGGCUUAGGCCACGGUAACGGCGGUGGAUUUGGAGGUGGAUUUGGAGGUGGAAAGGGAAGUGGCGGUGGAUUUGGAUUCGGUGGUGGCAGCAGUGGUUCUGGUGGUGGUCUUGGCGUGGGUGGCGGCGGUGGUGGCGGUGGCGCCGGAGGCCAUAAACAAAAAGGAGGAUACGGACGUUAAAUUUGACUACAGAAUGGGAAAUUCCUUGGAAGUUCAACAAUACAAAUACAGCAAGCUCAUUGUGAUUUAAGAGUAUAGCAUUGUUUACAUAAA